GGCUAGCUUACACGAGUGACGGGCAGGAAUGGGGAUUUUCUUAUCCUUAUCAUCUCAAGACAGGGGGUCGCCUCAUCUGAACAAAAUAUCAUUGAAACUGCUUCAUAUCGACUUGGAUUUCUUCCAUUCAAAUUUCAAUAUUCCGAGUCGAGCUUAAAUUAUCUUUGUAAUGCGAUACUUGGGAGCUUUUAAAAAAAAUAUAUAUCUGAAAACCUUGUAUCCGUUAUCUUGUUCUUCGAGUCAGGAAGUGGAUGGAAUUAAAACGUAGAACGUUUUUCUGCGUUGAUUUGUAAACAUUUUAGUAUUUCGCCUACAAUGGAUCAGAAACCGCCACGUCCCCGCACCUUACAACUGUCCCCCGUCACGGCCAAGAAAGCACCUCGUUCUGGACGUCACCGGAAACAAGCGUCCACCCGACACAGGAGUACAACCGAACUCAAACUACUCGCCAAUAACAUCCGAGGAAUCAUCGAGGAUAUCUCCUUCCAAAACAGUGAACAGUCUCGGGAAAAUGUCCUUCGUCGUUCCUAUAUUGGUAUAAGCCGAAGUGCAGCGGCUACUUACGGAGACGAGCCGGAACCUCUGUUUUCCAGGAGGAAUAUCGUAUCGGCGUUUUACGGGGAAAAUCGUUCCGGAGAUGGCGUUACCAGGGAAACAGCGAUGCAAAUGUCAAAGCGAGUCGCGAAAACGGAGAGAUACGACAAGCGGCUCCAACAAGAAGUGAAGGCGGACAAACGUCAGUCGUGUCCCUGGGAUCUGUCGUAUUUUGACCAACAUGGCGAUAGCAGGUCGCUCCAGAUUCUUGCUACGGAGUUGAACCAUCUCCGGGAAAUCCGCGAGAAUGAAGUACGGGAUUUAUUAACGGUGAACAAUAAACUCCAGCAUGAUCUGUUUGACGCUGACAGAGAAAUAUGUACACUUCAAGAAAAAAACUUUCAGAGUAACAAGAGGUUAGAAGACAUGUUACGUGUGUACGAACGAAUUCGAGAAAACUUGAAGCACUGUUUAACAAAAGUCCGGGAUUUGGAAAGUCUUGGAAAAAUUACACCAUUUAAUUCUGAUGAUGAAUCUUCAGCGCGAGCUCAGAAAGGCGAGGACCGAAGCAAUGACCAGGCCAGUCUGUCCUCGGGUUUCAACACGCUAUCCGAUAUGUCCGAGAGUCUACCACUGGACUCUAUGGCGCUGGGAUACGAAGGUGAUGGAGAGAAUUCUACGUGCGAGAGGCGCCGUGCGGGUCUCUCCAAUAUGACCGACUUACUGCGAGACAUCGACUCCAUCAGCCUGGACAGUCGCAGUACCGGAUGUGGGGGGUCCCCACCAGAUGGCAGCAAUGGUCCGUCCCCACGCCCAGAGCGGAAGCUCCUCAUCCGACUACAGGAGGACGUGAACUCUCUGUCGCAAAUCAAUCGGGACCAAUCUCAGGAAAUCGAGCGACUUCGGUCUGACCUGGCUUCCUGUCGUAAACACAUGACUUCCUCCCAGUUCCAGCUGGAGGCGGUUGAGAUCGAGUGUAGUCGUCUGCUGGCGAUGGAGGACCAGAUCGCCUCCGUCAUCACGCUCCUGCAGAGGGCAAAGGACGUGCAUCUCCACAGACAGAUUUUAGGAGACAUCAUUUUGAACGCCGUGACUAACGCAAUGUGUCUCGACAGUGGAUCAUCAGGUAUAGCAGCAGACGUGUUUCUGAGAGAGCUACACGAGCGAUUGUCAUUGCAUCCUCAGCUUGGUCCCUCCGAUGCAACAGAACCAAUUAAGCGUAAACCGGCUUCUGUAAGCAAGGAGAAGACCAAGCGACCCGGUAGUGGGGACAGCAAACGAUUUGGAGCUAUAUUUUCGGACCUCUCUCUGACACAACCUGUUCUUGAGUUUAAUACGAAGUCUGGCAACAAAGAGACCGACAUUGCUGGGAAAGCGGCGGCUGGAGAAAAGAAAGAUAUUUUCGACGCAUUAAAGUUUAUCGACGACGAGGAGGACCAAUUGAGUGAGGCUGAGUCGUUCCACAGUCUGAGCAGGCACCUGUCGGGGGACCACGAGAAGAACUGAGGGCAUUGAUCGCUAUGAACUCCUUAAUUUACAGUGACAUUGAGAUAUUAUUUAGUUUGUAAGUAGUGUACAUUUGUCGAUAUUAGUCAAUAGGCUGUCAUAAAUAAUUCACUGUAGAAAACAUAAAACUGUAUGUACAAAAAGGGGUUAAUGAAUGGCGACAAACAUAUUUCGUUUGCGUUUGUUUCCAUAAAAAGUGUGCCAGAUAAUUAAACAAAGUCAUAUAGUUCGAUUACUCAGUCAUGUAAUUUGAUUACUCUGUUUUUAGAAUACGAAGUUGAAGCUAUUGGCACGGUAUUCAUGUGCACGAUUUAAACAUUUAAACAUGAGAUAUAACUGUCGAUGACUAAUAGUUACUUUAAAUUAAAUGAUGUUAUGGCAAAGAGUAUUUGAUUUUUUAAACAUGUUUCUAAUUAUGAAAUCAUUAUGUUUAUAAGAUUUAAAAGUAAAAGUCCUUACUAAUAUCUGAUGCCAUUUUAGAGACA